AUGGCUCUUUCCGCACCCAGCACAGACCCGCAAGUCCUCAUCACCCAAGAAUCAAGCGCGGAACAAAUCUUCCACAGCUUCACAGCAGAAACCGCUUGGCAGCUUGGAAAUGCACUAAGGGACCGAAUCCUCCGCCUCCCGGACGGACAGCGCCAGCCGGCCCUGAUCUCCAUUACGCUCACCGGCGGAGCCCCGCACCAUGUGGUGUUUCAGGCUGUGACCGAGAGCGGCACGAUCCCGGACAAUGAGAACUGGGUGCGACGGAAGCGCAAUACUGUGCUCCGGUGGGGUCUUUCGAGCUGGACUAUGAGACAGAAGACUGUUAGUGGGCUUGCGGCUAAUGCGUCCGCCGACCAGAUUGAGGCUGCUUUUGUGAAGAAAUAUGCCGUUCCAAGUGCUACUGGGGGUGCUGUUGCAGAUGAGUAUGCUAUCCAUGGAGGUGGCUACCCGAUUCGCGUGCGUGGCGUUGAUGGCGUUAUUGGUGUCGUUGUCGUUAGUGGGCUGAAGCAGGAGGAUGACCAUCAGGUUGUGGCUGAGACUAUUCAGGCGUUCGUGGCUCAGCAAGCAAAAUAG